AUGGGAAACGUGCAGGCGGCCUCUAAGCCAAUAACAUCGGCAGCAAAUCAAUUUUUGGGCGCAGUUCCCGAGCCGAAUGCCACUGCGGAGCAAGAUGGAAAGGCGAAAAGUGCUGCAAAGCCUCUCGAAAAUCCCGGCACGAUGGAAGAACUGCACAAAAAGUGCAAAGAUGUGAUGCCAGCGAACUUUGAGGGCGCCAAGUUGAUGGUCAAUAAGGGUCUCAGCAACCAUUUCCAGGUCUCACACACGAUAAAUUUGAGUUCGACGCAAGAAUCCGGCUACAAAUUCGGCACAACGUACGUCGGAACGAAACAAAUUUCGCCAACGGAGACAUUUCCCGUGAUUUUGGGCGAUAUAAGUCCCUCGGGAGACCUCAACGCGAACAUAAUUCAUCAGAUAACGCCACAAAUCCGCUGCAAAUUCGCGUCACAAAUACAAAAUAGCAAAGUUGUUGCGGGACAACUGACGACAGACUACAAAGGAGCCGAUUACACGGCCUCGGUUACGGUUGGCAAUCCAAAUAUCAUCAAUAAUUCCGGUGUCAUUGUAGCGCAUUACUUGCAAUCUGUCGCUCCCGGCUUGUCAUUGGGCGGCGAACUUGCCUAUCAGUACGGACCCGCAGUGCCUGGCGGCGAAAUUGCCAUCGUUUCAGCGGCAGCACGUUACGCGAGCGGCUUGUCAGUGUGGAGCGGAACCGUUGGAUUGGCAGGACUUCAUGUUUGUUACUAUCAACGGGCCAGCGAGCAAUUGCAACUGGGCAUCGAACUCGAAACGAGUUUCAAGAUGCAAGAAGCUGUCGCGACAAUUGGCUACCAAAUCGAUUUGCCGAAAGCGAGUCUCGUGUUCCGAGGGAUGCUCGAUUCCAAUUGGAAUGUCGGCGGUGUCUUGGAAAAACGAUUAGAACCCCUUCCAUUCUCCUUUGCGCUCAGCGGACUCUUGAAUCAUAGCAAAAAUCAAUUUAGACUAGGUUGCGGACUUAUUAUCGGUUAAGAAUUCACCUCCACACGAAACACACACAUCCGACGUGCAAGAACCCCUUCAGUCAUUUAAAAAAACACUUUAAUGUACAAUUUACUCGAUAUCUAACACUUACACACUAAAAAAUGUCAGAAAAUAUAUUUUUAUCAUGGCAGAAAAAAAAAUAAACUUAGAGAGAACGAAAAAUCCCGGGCACGCCAAAUUUUUUUUUGUUUCAUCUGAAAACUGCCUAAAAGACGCCAAAAUGCAUUUCUGUCGGACCUUUUUUUUUUACCGUAGAUACCUCGUCUCAGAAACAGAUGAAGAAUAUAGUUUUACGCUUAAGUACAUCUUAGAAUCAUUUUUUAUGAUUUUUUUUAUUAAUUCUUCGAUUGCGUUCAUUUACUGUAGAAUAGAAGUCAGAAUGGUUUAAAAUUUAAAUAAAUAAUAAAUAAAAAAGUAGCAAUGGAGAACAAUGACGUUGAAAAUAAAUUUAAAAAAAUAAAAAAGAGAGUUUUAGAAAUACUAUUGGAAAUUAUAAGAAAUAAUAAAAAAUAAAAAAAAA